UGUUAAUGUUACUAGUGAGCACAUGAGAUCACAAAUUCACAAUUCACAAAUUUCCUGUAUCACUUCAACCCUCUGUUAUAGACAUCUCUGAGUAUGCUUUUCUUUUGCAUUUUCUUCUACUAAGUCGCCCCAAACAAAGUCCAAAACCAGAUCUUUCCUUGUAUUUGCUUGAACAUACUUUUACUGUGAUUGUUGAUCACUAGAUUUUUCACUCCUUCCCCUUCUUCUGGAUCCCCUGCUUCUCUUUCAGUAAGCAGUAAUAUCCAUAUCACUUCAUAUUUUAACUUGUAAUCCGAUUCUAUCCACUUUUUGCAUCUAAAUUUCGCUGGGGUUGAGAAUGGAAGAAGCUGCAGGGAAUACUGUUUUAGAAGUUGGAAAGUGCUUAGCUGCUCCUAUAGGGCGUCAAUUUAUGUACUUGUACAACUACAAAAGCAACUUUGACAAUCUCGAAAAAGAAAUUGGAAAGCUGAAGGAUGCAAGAGACGAGGUGAAGGAUAAGGUUGUUGCGGCUGAAAACAACGUAGAAAAGAUCAAACAGCAGGUUAAAGACUGGCAGAGGAAAGUGGAUUCCAUCAUUGAUGAAGCAGAGCAGUUGAUUCAGGAGAAAACAAACAGCCGAUGUUUCAACUUGAUCACCUGUUACAAAAAUAGCAGGAAAGCAUCGAAAAAGGUGGAGGCUGUAACUGAAUUCCUGCAGGAAAAAGAAACAUUCAGUGAAGUUUCCCUUCCUACCACUCGUGAAGACAUUCGGCUUAGGCUUACGAACAAAGAUUACGAGGAAUUUGAAUCCAGACUCUCAACUUUGAAUGGUGUGUUGAACGCUGUAGAAGAUGCUGAGGCGGGCAUUAUUGGGGUUUACGGAAUGGGUGGCAUUGGUAAAACCACGCUGGUCAAAGAAGUUGGUCAGCAAGCCAAGAAAAAACAGCUCUUGGAUGAGGUGAUUUUCGUAGAGGUAUCUGACAAACCAGACACUAAAAAGAUUCAAGAUGAACUAGCAAAUCAGUUAAGUCUGAAAUUUGAGACGGAGGCAGAAAGAGCAAGCAAGUUGUAUGCAAGAUUGAAGACAGAUAAGAAAAUCCUUGUAAUUUUAGAUAAUAUCUGGGAAGAAUUAAAUUUGGAGGCUCUCGCAAUUCCUUGUGGAAAUGAUCGUGGGGGAUGUAAAGUAUUGUUGACAGCAAGAGACCUUAAUGUGUUACAGAGUAUGGAUUCUGUAAAGAAUUUCCAGGUGGGUUUUUUAACUGAAGAAGAAGCUUGGAGCCUGUUUAAAAAGAUGGCGGGUGAUGUUGUUGAUCAAACAAUUAUUAAGCGGGAUUAUCUGCCAAACGACGUAUGUAAGGAAUGCAGAGGCUUGCCGAUCGUCAUUACUACAAUAGCAAGAGCGUUAAGGAACAAGAGACUUCGAUCUCAAUGGAAGGAUGCGUUACGGGAAUUGAAGAUGCCUUCCCCAACAAAGUUUGCAGGGAUACUGGAAAAGGAAUACUCAAAGAUAGCAUUGAGUUACAAUUAUCUAAAAGGUGAUGAACUCAAGAGAACUUUUUUAAUUUGUAGUCUAAUGGUAAAUGAUACUACCAUUUCAGACGUGUUCAAAUACAUUAUGGGCUUGGAUAUUCUUGAAGGAGUUAUUUGUACGCUGGAACAAGCACGAGAUAGACUAGAAAGUCUUGUCUGUGAACUGAAGGACGCCUGUUUGUUACUUGAUGGGCAAAACAAUGAACAUUUUUCUAUGCAUGACGUUGUUCGUGCAGUUGUCAUAACAAUUGCAUAUAAAGAUCAACAUGUAUUUACUGAGCGAAACAACAUGGAGAGGGAAUGGAGUAAUAAAGAUGAAUUGAAAAAGUGCUCAAAAAUCUCGCUAGCUGAUACUAGUGUGAUUAGUGAGCUUUGGCCUGAAGGUUUGGAUUGCCCGAAACUUGAAUUUUUCAGUAUGAGGAUGAAGGGUUCUUCUUUCAAAAUCCCUGAGGAAUUUUUUGUAGGGAUGGGUAACCUCAAAGUUCUAAGUUUACUUCACAUGAAGGUGUUGUCCUUGCCGUCGUCUCUUAGUCUUCUAAUAAAUCUUCAAACAUUAUGUUUGAAUUAUGGCAAUUUUGCAGAUAUAACAAUUAUUGGAGAGUUGAGAAACCUAAAAAUUCUUAGCUUGCGACACUGUAAGAUUAAGAAAUUGACAGGAGAAAUAGGUAACUUGAGUCAACUAAGGUUGUUAGAUUUAAGUAAUUGUCGAAAUCUACAAGUUAUCGCACCAAAUAUUAUAUCAUGCUUAUUGCGAUUAGAAGAAUUGUAUAUGACUGGAUGCUCUAUAGUAUGGAAGGUUGAAGCACUUGAGGAGUUGAAGCAUUUGUCUCAACUGACAGCUUUAGAAAUAAACAUUUCCGAUGAUAAGAUUUUGCCAAAAGACUUGUUUUCCAAAAAGUUGGAAAGAUACAAAAUAUCGAUAGGAGAUGAGUUGUCUAGAUAUGGUCCGGGGUUCAUAGAUGGUGAUGAUGGGAAGUGGAUGUAUAUUGAGAGCUUUUCGUAUGAUGAUCAGGCCUCAUUACGAACGCUGAAACUGAAAUUCAGUUCUGUCAUAAAAAUUUGGCCAGAGCAAUUUCAGUGCUUCAAGAAUGUUGAAUUCUUAUGCUUAGACAAAUUGGAGGGUAUCAAGAAUGAUGUUUAUGAAUUAGACAAGGAGGGUUUUUCACAAUUGAAAUAUCUCCAUGUCCAUAAUAAUCCUAACAUCAUGUGCAUUGUUGACUCAACAAAGUGCAUACCUUUUGUUGCCUUCCCCCUCUUGGAGUCUCUGAUUCUUUUCAAUUUGACUAACUUGAAAAAGAUAUGUUAUGGUCAACCCACAACAAAGUCUUUCUACAACUUAAAGGUUAUAGAAGUUCAAAGUUGUGCUAAAUUGGAAAAUAUCUUCUCAUUCUCCAAUGCUAGUAGAAGCCUUCCACAUCUUCAAAGAAUUAGGGUGGAAGACUGUGAGAAUAUGAAUGAGAUUUUUGCUGUUGAAAGAGAAGACAGAGUAAAAAAGAAUGAAGUGAUUAAUAAGAUUGAAUUCUUUCAAUUACGCUUCUUGACUUUGAUUAAUCUUCCAAGAAUUGCAAGCUUCUACUCAAAACCAAAUACACCUUCAACAUUGCAAACCAGACAGGUGGAAUCAUCAAUUAAUUUGCAGUCCAAUGAAAUCUAUUCCGAGGAUGAGCUACUUGAUACUGUCACACCAAUUUUCAACAAAAAGGUUGUUGUCCCCAAUUUGGAGGCCUUAGAACUGUAUUCAGUUAAUUCUGAAAUGAUCUGGGAUAGUCAACUAGCUACAAUAUCUCAUUGCUAUCAAAACUUGGCACGCUUGAUUGUGGUUGGAUGUGAAAAACUAAAAUUUGUAUUUUCAUCUUCUAUGGUCAAAAGCUUUGACCGGCUUGAACACCUUGAGGUACGCAAUUGUAGGGUUUUAAAGGAGAUUAUUCAGAAAGGAGCAGAAGCAACUCCUACAUUUAUCUUUCCACGAGUAACCUUCCUACAACUCGAAGACUUACCAGAACUCGCAACAUUCUAUCCUGGAGUUCAUACUUCUGAAUGGCCACAAUUAAAGAAGUUGGUAGUGUGUAAUUGUGACAAAAUAAAAAUAUUCACCUCAGAAAAUAUGAGCUUCCAUGAAAACAAUAAGGGUCAACUUGAUAUUUGGGAGCAACAAUCCCUCUUCUUGGUCCAAAAGAUUAACUCCAAUUUGGAGGAAUUAACAUUAAGCAGAGUGGACGACAUGGUAACAUUGCAACAUCAAGUUCCAGAAAACUUCUUCAACAGAUGUACAGUUGAGAUCAAAGGUGAUAGAUCUACAAAUAUUCCGGUUGGCAUCCUUCAAAGAUUGAAUAAUCUGGAAAAACUUGUACUGAGAGAAGGUUCGUACAAAGAAAUAUUCACAUGUGGAGAGGAUGAGAAACGUACGGAGACAUUGAUACAAAUAAAAAGUUUGGAAUUGAGGAGUCUUUCUGAUGUGAAAUACUUGUGGAGGAAUGACUUCAAACUGGACGCUGUUCUUCAAAAUCUUGAAGUUUUAGAAGUAAGUUUCUGUAACAGAAUGAUAAAUGUGCUACCAUCCUCGACAUCUUUCAAAAAUUUAACAGUUUUGAAAGUAAGUUUCUGCGACGGAUGGAUAAACAUAGUCAUGCCAUCGGUGGCAAAACAUUUGGUACAGUUGAGAGAAAUGGAAAUAGAAUAUUGCGAAAUGAUGGUAGAAAUAGUAUCGAAUGAGAAAGAUAUGGCAGUAGAAGAUGAAAUUGUUUUCAGCAAAUUGAAGAAGUUGUCACUAAACUAUUUAAGCAGUCUCACAUGCUUCUGCCCUAGGAAAUACACAUUGAACUUCCCAUCUUUGAAAGAAUUAAUUAUCCAGCAUUGUCCCAAGAUGAAGUCUUUCUCUGGAGGAAUCUUAAACACACCAAGUUUACUGAAAGUUCAACAAAAUGAGCAGGAUAAAGACGAAUGGUGUUGGGAAGGUGACCUUAAUACAACUAUACAACAUAUGUACAAAGAAGAGGUUAACUCCAAUUGA